AUGAGUAACGUUGCUGCUAGUCAUGAGGGAUUCAGCAUCCCGCUGAUCAACUUUUCUGCCUUCCUUAAUGGCACGCCGGAAGAGCGUACACGGACUGCGAAAGAGAUUCUACAUGGAUUCAAGACUGCGGGCUUCAUAUACUUGCACAGCCUUCCUCUGUCGCCCUCACAACGCCAACAGGUAUUUGACGCAUCGGCAAAUUACUUUUCGCUUUCUCUGGAGACAAAAUUAUCCCAUUUAAUGCCGUCGGUGGAGUCGAAUAGGGGAUACUCGGCAAACGGACAAGAGAAGCUUGGCUCUGAGGAGUCGCCAGACAUUAAGGAGACACUGCACAUUGGUAGAGAAAAAGACCCCAAAUACCCCAACAUAUGGCCUGCGGAGAUUGGGAGGUUGGUUGGCUUCAAGGAUACCAUCGGGGGUUUCUUCGACUUCUGCACUAAAAUGGUAAACGAGGUCAUGCGGGCCAUUGCCGUUGGGCUCGGCAUUGAUGAAAACUACUUUGAAGAGUACAUGUCAGAUGGUGAUCACAAGCUGAGGUUGCUACACUAUCCAGAGGUGAGUACGGAGGUGUUUCAAUCAAACGUCAACAAAGUUCGAGCUGGGGCGCAUACAGACUACGGCGCUAUUACUCUCUUAUUCCAGGACAGCCGCGGAGGGCUCCAAGUCAAGACACCCACAGGAGAGUAUGCGAAUGCCACGCCAAUUGAAAAUACGGUUGUAGUCAACGCUGGCGAUCUCCUGGCGAGAUGGAGCAACGAUUUGAUCAAAUCAACGGUGCACCGCGUGGUAGAGCCCCCUCUACUGAGGAAAACAUACUGCAGAUUUUUUGGAGGUCCACACGAGGACAGUUAUAUUGAUGCAAUCCCUGGAACCUUCGUUACUGAUGCCGAUAAGAAAUAUAAGGGAGUAAAAAGUGGCCAAUACUAUAUAGAUAGAUUGACCGCUACGUACUAA